UUAGUAAGAAAAUUGGGAGCUUAUUUUAGAUUAUUCGUUUCUGACUUGCUAUGGCAGGAAUCAAAGUAUAAUAUGCUCUUACCCUUGCAAUUUCACUGGAGCUGUUAUAUAGUGGUAUACACUCAAUAUAUGGGAUGGGGGGGUCAAAAAACAAUACGAUCUUAUUGGAGAAACUAUUUUGAGCAAACUGAUGGUCUCGUAUGAGUAGUUGACAGUUCAGAUCUUAGAGGAUUAGAUGACUGCAAAAUGGAGCUCGAUAAUCUUUUAAAGGAAGAGAGGCGAUCAGCAUCAUCCUUAUUGAUACUAGCAAAUAAGCAGGACAUAAAAGGUUCCCUUACUCUAGAAGAAAUUUCCAAGGUUUUGAACUUGGAGGCUAUGGAUAAAACUCGACACUGGAAUAUUGUUGGCUGCAGAGCAUACACGGGUGAGGGACUGCUUGAGGGAUUUGAUUGGUUGGUCCAAGACGUUGCCUCUCAGAUCUAUGUGCUUGACUAAUGCCUGGUCUCAGUAAUUCUGAUUUUGGUAGUGGGCUUGAGUCAUCUUUUCAGUGAACACUAGACAAUCAUCCACCAGCAGUCAACUUUCCAGUUUGUGUUACAGUAGUAUGGGUGUGUGUAUGUGUCUGUGUCUUUACACAUAAUGAGUCAUUGUUUCAGAAACGGGAUCAACUGUGAGACUCAUUACUGACUGAAAAUUGCAACUUUGUUACCAUUUUGAAGUUCAAAAUUUGAGUAGUAAUCAACAUUUAUUCUUUUUCUCA